UUCAGUGGUUCACUGUGCUUUAGGCACGUGAUUGUAUCUAACCUUGUAUGUCGUGUUAAAAUUUUAUUUAAUUUUGAAGAAAAUGGGACAGAAAAAAGUCUCGAAGAGGAAAUACGUUAAUCCAAAAUUAAAAGAAAGUAAAAAUGAAACUGAAAAGGAUGUACAUGUUUCACAUAACGCAAAGAAUUCUGAUAUGGAAGAUUUGAUAGCAGCUCAAAUUAAUGUUGACGAAGAUGCUACGGAUGAUGAAGUCGAAAAAGACAUAGUUAUAUCUAGUUCAGAUGAAGAAGUAGAACAAGACGAAGUUAUAUUUGAUUCAGAUGAAGAAGUAGAACAAGACGAAGGUAUAUUUGAUUCAGAUGAAAAUAACGAUGAUUCGGAUGAAGAUAGCGAUGAUUCGGAUGAAGAUAGUAAUGAUUCGGAUGAAGAUAACGAUGGUUCAGAAGACAUCGAGUCAGAAAGCAGUUAUGAGGAAGUACAAGAAGAUUCCCCAAUCAAAUUAAAAGAUGACAAAUUAAAAAAUAAGAGUAAAAGUAAAAAACCCUUAUCAUUUAAAGACAAGACAUUGACAAAAGAAACUACAUCAGUAAUUAACAAAUUAAGAAAUAAUAAAAAUCACAAGAAUUUUGAUAAAGCACAGAUGCAUAAAGAUGAAGCACAUAAUGAACAAAAAAUUAACACGUCUACUGCAAAUGAUGAAGAUGAAUAUGUAUAUGAUAGUUCUGAUGAAGAAGAUAUUCGUAACACAAUUGGGAAUGUACCAUUAAAAUGGUACAAUGAAUAUGAUCAUGUUGGAUAUGAUUGGGAAGGUAAGAAAAUACCUAAACCUGAAAAGGGUGAUGAAUUAGAUAACUUUUUGAAAAGAAUGGAGGAUCCUAAUUUUUGGAGAACUAUAAAAGAUCCUCAAACUGGUCAGGAUGUUGUAAUGAGCGAAGCAGAUAUAGAUUUAAUUGUAAGAAUCCAAAAGCAGAAAAUUCCUGAUGUUCAAUUUGAUGAAUAUGCGCCAUGGGUGGAUUGGUUUACUUCUGAAGUAAUGAAAACGCCACUUCGUAAAUUCCCAGAGCAUAAACGUUCUUUCUUACCAUCCAAGAACGAAGCUAGAAAAGUAUCAAAAUUAGUACAUGCUCUUAAGAUGGGUUGGAUGAAGUCUACUGCCGAAAUGCAGAAAGAAAGAGAAAAAAAUAAAGGGCCACAGUUUUACAUGUUGUGGCAGUCUGAUGAUCAAGCAGAGGAAAUGCGUAGAAUUCAUAAGCAUAUUCCAGCACCGAAAAGACAUUUACCUGGCCAUGCGGAGAGUUAUAAUCCUCCACCAGAAUAUCUAUUUGAUAACAAAGAACUUAAAGAAUGGAAUAAAUUAAAGGCAACUCCGUGGAAGAGGAAAUUACAUUUUAUACCACAGAAAUUCAAUUCUCUUCGAGAAGUACCUGCAUUUCCAAAAUAUGUCAAAGAAAGAUUUCAGAGGUGUUUAGAUCUGUAUCUGUGUUCUAGAUCAUUAAAGAUGAGAUUAACAAUAGAGCCUGAAGUCUUGGUUCCACAAUUGCCUAGUCCAAAGGACUUACAACCAUUCCCAACAACCAUGUUUAUGGUAUUUAAAGGACAUACAGAUAUGGUCAGAAGUAUUACUGUAGAACCAGAGGGUCAAUUUAUUGCAUCUGGUGGGGAUGAUAUGUUAUUGAAGAUAUGGGAAGUGAAUACAGGUAGAUGUUUGAAAACAGUGCCUUGCGGUGGUGUCAUUCGAAGUGUUGUCUGGCGUCCAAACCAAGCUAUGUCAUUGAUAGCAGUUGCAGCUGACAAAAAAGUACUUUUAAUAAAUCCUGGAGUUGGAGAUAAUCUCAUUACCAGCAAAACUGAUCAACUUUUAGAGAUAAUACCACAGAGUGAAAUAAUAGUGAGUGACAGGGUGCAAAGUGCAGUACAGUGGGAGCAAGUGGAAGGUGAUCAUUGGAAUAAUGGAGUUAGGAUAAUUCUGAAUCAUUUUAAAACUGUAAAGCAAGUAACAUGGCAUGGAAAAGGAGAUUAUUUUGCUACUGUCAUGCCAGAUGGUCAGAAUAGAUCAGUUUUGAUUAAUCAGCUAUCAAAACGAAGAUCUCAAUUACCUUUUAAUAAAUCAAAAGGAUUGAUACAAUGUGUGUUAUUUCAUCCGAUUAAACCAUAUUUAUUUGUUGCAACACAAAGAAAUGUAAGAGUAUACGAUCUUGUACAACAGAUAAUGGUUAAAAAAUUGUUGUCCAAUUCACAAUGGAUAUCGUCAAUGGAUAUUCACCCAGGAGGUGAUAAUGUUUUGGUAGGGACAUACGAUCGCAAAAUGCUUUGGUUCGAUUUAGAUUUCAGUAAAGAGCCUUAUCAAACAUUGCGAUUACAUGGAACUGGCAUACGCGCUGUAGCAUUUCACAAACGAUAUCCUCUGUUUGCUUCUGGAGCUGACGAUAGGGCACUAAUUGUAUCUCAUGGAAUGGUGUACAAUGAUCUUUUACAAAAUCCAUUAAUUGUGCCGUUGAAAAGAUUGUGUAACCAUGAAUCAUAUAAUGAUUUCGGUAUUUUGGAUGUCAUAUUUCAUCCUAUUGAACCAUGGGUAUUUUCCGCUGGUGCCGACUUUACUAUACGAAUGUAUACGUAAAUGCAUGUUAGAAUGUUCAGAAUAUCUUGUAGGUCAUGUUACCACUGUGAAAAAAUUCAUUUGUCAUAUUUUUCCCAAUUUUCUG